AUGGACAACGCAGCUUAUCAUUCGGUUCGAGAAGAGAAAAAGCCAACUAUGGCUUCUACCAAGCCAACUAUGCAAGAAUGGCUACGACGACAUAACGUGCCUUUUGAUGAAAAACUUAGAAAAGAUGACUUAUAUAAAUUAAUUAAAAGCCAUUUCACAGAAGAUAUUUACAAAAUUGACGAGGUAUUGAAAAGAAACGGACACGAAGUAUUGCGUUUGCCUCCAUAUCACCCAGACCUGAACCCCAUUGAGUUGGUCUGGGGUGAUAUCAAAGGACAAUUAGCACAAAAAAGUAUCGACUCUAAUUUGGACCAGAAAAAAGAAAUAUUAGAGAGAUUAUUUGCUGAAUAUCCCAAAGAGAAAUGGGAGAAUUGUGUUAAACACGUGAUUAAAAUCGAAGACGAAUAUUGCAAACAUGAUGGAGCACUAGAUGAAGUUGUUGAUUUUAUUAUUAAUGUGCAAGACGAUUCUGAUGAUUCUGAUGAUGGCUGUUUCGAAAGUGAAGAAUCAAGUUCCAGUGAUACUGAUAUUAUGGACAUAAGUGAUUGA